AAACCCUAUACUUAUACUUUAUCUUCUAAGACUCCCUACACUUAACAGCCCAGCUGUAACGCAACGCAGAAAGGUCUAGAACAAACCACCAACACCCAACACGAAAUGAAAUGUUAAUGGCCACAACUGUGGCGACAAUCACCGAGGUGAAGAGCAGAUAAAAGACAACCACAAAGAAGAGAACCCGACCCGCAACAUGCGACCCAGAUCACUAACACGAGUUUGAGACGAGUAGAAAAGGGGUGGUUUUAAGUUUAAGGAAGAAACUGUCUUGACUUGCCAACUUGGUUACAGACUUGUGGUCUCAACUGAGUUCAAAAGUGGGUUUGCUUCCGAGUCAAGUCGUAAAGGAGAAGUAGAAAAGUAGAUGGUGGGUGAAACGGGAAAGUUGUUUGGUUUGGGAUGUGACCCAGUGGUGGGAUCACUGACUUCUUCAAAGAAGAAGGAUUACAGGGUUACAAAUCGUCUCCAAGAGGGAAAACGCCCUCUAUAUGCUGUUGUUUUCAACUUCAUAGACUCUCGCUAUUUCAAUGUUUUUGCCACUGUUGGUGGCAAUAGGGUCACAGUUUAUCAAUGCCUUGAAGGAGGAGUUAUUGCUGUUUUGCAAUCUUAUGUAGACGAAGAUAAGGAUGAGUCUUUUUACACAGUGAGUUGGGCAUGCAAUGUUGAUGGGGCUCCAUUUGUUGUGGCUGGAGGAAUUAAUGGGGUAAUCCGAGUCAUUGAUGCUGGCGAUGAGAAGAUACACAAGCAGAGUUUUGUUGGCCAUGGAGACUCCGUGAAUGAAAUCAGGACUCAAACAUUAAGGCCAUCGCUUGUGAUAUCUGCAAGCAAAGAUGAAUCUGUCCGCCUGUGGAAUGUUCAUACUGGAAUAUGCAUUUUGAUAUUUGCUGGAGCUGGAGGACAUCGUAAUGAAGUUUUAAGUGUUGAUUUCCAUCCAUCAGAUAUAUAUCGCAUUGCUAGCUGUGGCAUGGAUAAUACUGUAAAAAUAUGGUCUAUGAAAGAGUUCUGGACAUAUGUAGAACAAUCAUUCACGUGGACAGAUCUUCCUUCUAAGUUUCCCACAAAAUAUGUCCAGUUUCCGGUUUACAAUGCUUCAGUUCAUCUAAAUUAUGUUGACUGUAAUAGGUGGCUUGGUGAUUUUAUCCUCUCAAAGAGUGUUGACAAUGAAAUUGUCUUGUGGGAACCUAAAGUGAAGGAACAAACUCCUGGGGAGGGUGUAGUUGACAUCCUUCAGAAAUACCCUGUUCCCGAGUGUGAUAUCUGGUUCAUCAAAUUUUCUUGUGAUUUCCAUUUCAACAUAGCUGCUGUAGGUAACAGGGAAGGGAAGAUUUUUAUUUGGGAAUUGCAGUCAAGUCCUCCUGUACUUCUUGCAAGGUUGUCACAUCCUCAAUCAAAAUCUCCAAUCAGACAGACUGCUACAUCCUUUGAUGGAAGCACCAUAUUGAGUUGCUGUGAGGAUGGGACAAUAUGGCGUUGGGAUGAAGUUACAAACUCCUCAACCUAACCUUUCUCAGCUUUUACUAGUAUGAUGGACCAAUAUCACUGAUCAAAUAAUUUAGUUUAGCUUGUGAACCACGACAAUGUUUGUUCUUAAGUUGUGUGAUUUCUCGUUUUAAAUUUGGCAAUGCAUUAUCUCUACUACCAACCCUAUCAUCUCUUCUACUAACCUUCUCAGAAGAGAAAAUUUUGAGCGCCUGAGUUGAUGCAAAUCAUCAUACCAUCAGUAGAAGAUUAUGAAAGGAA